AUGUCUCCAACUCGCAUCGCUAUUGUCGGCGCUGGUCCUGUCGGACUCACUCUCGCCCGGCUUAUUCACAACAAACCCAACAUCGAAGUGGUAAUUUUCGAGUCCGAUAAAUCCGAGGAUGCUCGCAAACAAGGCGGUACGUUAGACCUGCAUCCCGGCAGCGGUCUCUCAGCUCUGGAGGAGGCCGGCUUGUAUGACGAGUUUUUGAAACGAGCCCGCUUCGACGGCGAAGCGGUGAUUUUUACCGACAAGAACUUGGUCAAGUACAUUGAACAGCCCCGCUUGGACGAAGAAUCCUCGAACGGACGGCCUGAGAUUGACCGGUAUUUGCUGCGUGAGAUGCUCCUCAAUUCGGUGCCGUCGGAGGUGAUUCGAUGGGGCUGCCACCUACGCGCCAUCGACGAAAAUCAUAACCUGAUUUUUGAUCAUGGGAUCGAAAGUGGCUUCGAUCUUGUCGUGGGCGCUGACGGCGCAUGGAGCAAGAUCCGCAAGUUGGUGUCGGAUGAAAAGCCCCAUUACUCGGGGACUGGAGGAUUCAACUUCACUAUCCCCAACGCAGAAGAAACGGCACCAGAUUGCUACCAGUUAACGAACCGCGGGUCCCUCUAUGCUUACUGGGACGGCAAAGCGAUUGUUAGCCAGCAGCAAGGUGACGGUAGUCUCAACGUCUAUGCCUUCGCCGUGCGGCCAGAAGAUUGGUACAACCAAGCCACCUUUGAUAAAAACGACAUUCAAGCCAUCCGGCAGGCAACCCUCGAAGAGUUCUCAGGUUGGGAUUCCCGACUGCUCGACUUUGUCCGUCAUGCCCAGGAUGCAGUGUACCGGUCACUCUACAUGCUCCCUGUCGGGUGGUCAUGGAAGCACCGUGCCGGUAUGACCUUGAUUGGGGAUGCAGCCCAUGCAAUGACGCCCUUUGCUGGUCAGGGAGUGAACCUGGGCAUGGAAGAUGCUCUGAAGCUGUCGCAGGCGAUCAUCAAGGCAACCAACUCGCCAGAGUCCGAUCUCACCGCGGCAAUCAAAACAUUUGAGGAGGAUCUGUUUGUGCGUGCAAAGAGCACCGCAGAGUUGACACACGAUAUGAUGACAUGGUUUUUGUUUACGGAGGGUGCGCUGCGGACGACCAUCGAGAAAGUCGUGAUUCGCAUGGUUUCUUCAGACAUGCGACCUCCGGUGUCCUGGGUGACAUACCCGCUCUUGGUGGCCGGGACAUACGCCUAUUACUUUUUUUUUUCGACUGUUUCAUUGAGCGUCAUUGUCAAGUGGUGUUUUCACGUGUUGUAUACCUCAGUACCAUACAGGAUCCUUUUUCAUAGAUAG